GUCUCUCGGGAGGCUAGAUUAGACACACGUUGUGGUGAACCAGGAUAAAAUUCGGUGUGCUCCUUCCUUACGCUCUUUACUUUAGCGCUCUCGUUUUAAUUUCCUGCGAUUUUGUUUUAAACGCUAUUCACCCCCCCUCUAGCGUUAGGCCUUUAUUCUAACAAUUGGUAUCGGAGCCAUACUCUCUGAAAGACUUAACCGUUUGAGAGAAACGAUCAAUGGCUUCUACUCAAAGUUCAUACGCAGGUUUAGGUGAAGUGCAAACCACCACGAGGCCUCCGCUGUUUGACGGAACAAACUACACCUAUUGGAAGGAGCGGAUGAGGAUUUACAUCCAAUCCACCAACUUUCUCCUUUGGAGAAUUAUCAAAAAUGGUGAAGACGUGCCAAUGAAGAAGGUCGGGGAAACCAACAUCCCUAAGACCGAGAAUGAAUAUGAUGCACAAGACAUCAAGAAAGUGGAAAACAAUGCCAAGGCCAUCAACAUCAUCUAUUGUGCCGUUAACCCGAAUGACUACCGGAAGAUUUCUUGUUGCACCACCGCGAAGGAAAUGUGGGACAAACUAGAAAUCACCUACAAAGGUACGGAUCAAGUCCGAGAAGCUAAAAUUGAUUUUCUAACCCAUGAAUAUGAAUUGUUUCGUAUGAAGGAAAACGAGAAAAUCGAUGAGAUGUUUGAACGAUUCUCCAAAAUCGUCAAUGAUCUUCAUGCUCUCAAGAAGACGUACACGGACAAGGAGCUUGUGAGAAAAAUCCUGCGAAGUCUCACACCGGAAUGGCGCUCCAAAGCCGAUGCCAUCCAAGAGUCCAUUGGCAUCACCAACGUCACCAUUGACGGGCUUAGAGAAAGGUUUCGCUUGGAGAACAUCUAUCUCAACGACGAUGACGAAGUAGACAACUCAAAGGAAAGCCAAGAUGAAGAAGUAGAGCCACCCGUAAACGAGGAACAACCACAAGAGGAGGAAAUGCCAAUGCCAAGGGCAUGGAGGACUUCAAAGAACCAUCCUCUUGACAAGGUGAUCGGUGACAUCAACCGAAAGGUGAAACGAGAGUUAAAUAAAAAUUUCGCUUGACAUUUGAAAAUGACAACUACUUAUAAAUACUAAAUUUACAGGCUCUGGAUCGCGACCCAUUUAAAAAAAAUAUUUUCAGAGUAAUGCGGAAGUACAAAAAUAAUCAAAUCAUGACACAUUUAAAAAUCUGAUGAUCAACAUUUUCCUGCCAUCCUUGCAUCUCCUCUGACUCAAUGCCUUCCGGGAGUGGUUCCAUCAUUGUCUUCUUGUUACCUACGUGUAGUCAACGAAAAAUACAAACUACACGCUCAGCGAAACCGCUGAGUGGUACCAC